UUUUAUUAAUAAUAUAUGCCGAUCGCAAUUUAUACGCACAUCGUUUUGGCCUCGGUGUUUGUGUUGUUAGAAUUUGUAAAUGGAUUAUCGGAUUCACGUGAGAAACGUUAAAAGUUAUUCGAUACGUACGACGAUUGUACUCGUUUGCGCAAUUAACAGUUUAUAUAUUUUGCAUCGAUUGUGAGUGUAUUAUACGGUACUGCUUAUAGUAUACGAUAUCACGAUUGAAGCAUGAUGUUCUCUCAAAUCCCUGCAGCUACGUAACCUGCUUUACAAUAUCCUUUCUCUGAUAAAGUAUUAAGAUUUUCUGUAUUUGCGGGAUUACUAUCGAUGCAAGAAUUAAGUGCAGCGACAGUUAACAAUGAUUCCUUGAAAAUGGUAAUACCGAACGCAACGAGGAAAAAGGUUAUGUCGUUGUGUAUUUUAUGAAGAUAAUGAAAAUUCGCGCAGAAAGAAUCAUCGACUGGUUAGUGUUUUUGUGAUUCCAUAAAUUACUUGACGGAAAAAUGUCACAAUCGCAGGAGAAUCUAACAAAGAAAUUCAUUAAUGAGCUGACCGACCAUUUGAAAGAGAACAAAAUAAAAGAAACUUUGGAUCUCUUUGAUGGCGAUAAUUAUGACAAUAUUAUUAAAGAGACCUCUUGGGAAAUAGUACAGAUCGCAUCGUCUUAUCUUACGGUUGAAAAUGCAAAAGAUAAUGGAGAACUAAUCGACUGUUGCAAAAUAAUAUUAAACGCCAUAGCAGAAAAAUGUAAUCCUUGUGAAACGGUAUUAGAGUUUUUGGAACAAGUUGAUAGACCGGAGGAUGACAUGAAGUUUUGUAUAAUUUUAAAGGUACUUGGUAAAAGUCUCUCUAAAAUGAACGACAAAACUAAAUCGAUAGAAUGGUGUAUCAUUACGAUAAGGUCUUACGUCGAGAGUUUGCCAGUACCGCUGAAUGAAUUUGAAGAUAGUACAGUUAUUAAGAUUAAAUUUCAGAAUAUCUAUAUCGCAAUUAUAUCAUUCCUGGAACCAUUGGUAGAGGAAGCAGCAUUGGAGAAUGAUAAUUCGGAAAACUAUGCCAUUUUAAGGGAUUAUCUCUUGAGUAUUUUAAUUUUCUUAAUGGGAAACCCAUUGUGUUAUGUACCAGAGGAAGUAUUGGAAUCAAAUAUCCAAUAUCAUUUACCAGAGAAAAUUAUAAUGCUAAUGAAUCGUAUUAGCGAAGAUCUGCUUUGGUUUUUAAAUGUUGUUAAUGCGAGAAGCAAAGGGAGUAACUCUAAAAAGAAAAAUAUAAAUGAAGAAUGUUGCAAUCUUAAAAUCAUGCUUUUUGAGUCGAAUGAGAGUGUGCCAGAUUUAGCAUACGCAAAUUUUUAUUUUUAUAUUGUAACAAAAUCGCAUUUAUGGGAGAAAGUACCACAGGUAUAUAGUUUACGAUACAUCUUUCAAGAAUGUUUAUAUCUUGUUAUUAAAUUGCUAGAAGAACAAGAAAAUGUUACUAUGAGAAAAGGUUUAAAUCUUAUGGAUCAGCUUUUGCAGAAAAUAACAAAGCAUUCUUUAAUUUCAAAAUUGCUGGAAUUGAAUGUUUACACAAAAUUAAUUAACGUAAUCGUGAAAGUAAUGAUUUAUUGCGAUAAUAUCGAAGAACGAAAAAAAGCUGUACAAAUCUUCCAUAAAUACAUUGAAUUGUUUAAUAUCGAAGCUAGAUACUAUGUUGUUUUGCACUUAUACCAGACCAGUGAACACUCUGGUUUGGUUAGCGUAACUACUGGGAUACUCAAAGCUUGCAUUAUCGAAUGUCUUGAAGCAACACCUCCACUUCCCUAUUUUCUUGGCAAAAAGUUAGAAUCUUUAUUGAAAUUGGCCUGCAAGUUACAGCACGGCAGUGCAUCAGAUUUAGUCGAAUUGUCCGAUGAAAUAAUUACCAGCUUGAAUCUUUUAAGAUUUCUGUUACUCAGAGAUAGAUGCAAUCAAACUGGAAUUUGGAAUCUAGUAAAUAAAUUGGAAGACGAUUAUUUAAAACCUUUAAGAAAAGGAAUAAGUUUGUGUAAAUCACAUUGGAAGGUAAAAAUAAAGGACUUAGAAGAGCAAAGCAAAAUUCAUAAAAUUAGCGAUAAUGUAUCGCUAGAAAAUAAUGAUGCUGAAAUAACGUUAACUGUAGGCGGAGAAAAAUUACCAGCAAUGCCAGUUUCAGAAAAAAUUUCGUUUUGUUAUCAAGCAAUAAAUGGUCUUGAUGUGAUGGAAAGCAUUCUAAUUAGAGUUAACGAAUGCAUUUCUGACAGUCCUGAUAACGUCGUAACUUCAAAAUAACAAUUACAUAUUUAUAAAGUGUACAUUAUUCGCUGUUAAAUAAAGAUAUUCCUCAUUUAGUUUCCAUUUUUUUUUUUAAAUCCCACAAUUUACCAUUUUGUAGUGACAGUUAAUGGUUUUGAUCGACCGUAUGUUUCAGUUUCUUAAUUUAAAAUGAACGAAUUCCAAAAUGA